GGGCGCGUGUGCGCCUCGUGAGUUCGCCACAGAAUUCUUAAUGUAUCCACCAAAAAUCACAAUUCCACUUCCAGAUCAUCCACUACAAUCAUCACCCUAAAGCCGCUUCUCGUCUUAAAAUUAAUAAUCAUCGAACUAUCAAUAAACAAUCGCUGACACACCGGUAACGAGGAUUACUCCCAUCGAUUCGGCGAGCCUUCUGUGAUGUUGAGAUAAGGGAUUUUAUCAUAAAACAAUAUCAACAUCAUCUCAUUGACUCCAUGAGGGAAAACUAAAGCGGGAAAAUCUUUUUGUACGUAGGGAUGGCGCCGUUAUGAUGUCUGAUGCAGUAAUCACGGUGAAUGGGGUUGGCUGCCCACGACUUAUUCGAAGAUAAUAACCAAUCAAGGAUGACCCUACAUUGGGACAAAUUGUCUCCAGCAGAAUUUCAACAACUCCAGGAUUUAGCGGCAUGAUAUCGAUUACGAGGGUUUUCGCAAAUUCUUGGACACAUACCUGGAGGUUGCCACACCCGACGAGUUAUCCCGACACCUAUUCCUGUCGUUCCUCAAGAAGGGAUCGAAGAAUGUCGAUGGCAAAGCAUUCAAAGAAAUGGCGGCAUUAUCCUCGACAACAGCGUGUGCCGCCAUAACUUCGCACACGACUUCAAAUACUAAUGUUAACAGCACUGGUUUAACAACAGCAACUAGCGAGAGUCAUGGAUCCUCAUUGGCUGAUAAAAUUCAUGGUCUCACCGAGAAAAUUCAGGCACUUGGACAUCACAGGGCCGACAGUGAGGCAUCAGCUCGCACCCGAACAGGAAGUGUUCACCCGAUGCUGACAGUGGCUCACACUUCGUACAGCUGUCACGACGUUCUCGAAAAGAAAAGUACAGAUAGCAGUCCAAGUCACAGCCAAGUCUCCAGAAAUUCAUCAAGAAAGUCCAAUAAUUCGCUCCUCGUGAACAAUGGAAAACUAGAAGAAAUGCGACACAUUGUCAGGAAACAGAGUACCAUCGACGUGCACUCUGUCAAAGUGAGUCUAAAAGAUAUUGUCUGCUACCUGUCACUCCUGGAAGCCGGUCGACCCGAAGACAAAUUGGAAUUUAUGUUUCGUCUCUACGACACAGACGGUAAUGGCGUACUGGAUACAAAUGAAAUGGACUGUAUUGUUAACCAAAUGAUGAACGUCGCCGAAUAUCUCGGUUGGGACGUAUCAGAGUUAAAACCCAUACUCCAAGAUAUGAUGAUUGAAAUUGAUUACGAUGCUGAUGGGACAGUAUCCCUGGAGGAAUGGAAACGAGGUGGAUUAACGACUAUUCCACUUCUGGUGCUUCUCGGUCUCGAUUCUCAUGUGAAAGAGGAUGGAAAUCAUUUAUGGAGGCUGAAGCACUUCAGCAAACCGGCGUAUUGCAAUCUCUGUUUAAAUAUGCUCGUAGGACUUGGCAAGAAGGGUCUCUGCUGUGUUUUUUGCAAAUAUACUGUGCAUGAGAGAUGUGUCCAGCGAGCUCCAGCUUCAUGCAUAGCUACAUACGUCAAAAGUAAGAAAACAUCCCAAACAAUGGUCCACCACUGGGUGGAGGGAAAUUGUCACGGUAAAUGUUCAAAAUGCAGAAAGACCAUCAAAAGCUACAACGGAAUUACUGGACUCCACUGUCGCUGGUGCCAACUCACUUUGCACAACAGAUGUGUAUCCCAAGUGAAGGCAGAGUGCAAUCUCGGUGAGCAUGGAGUACACAUACUUCCACCCACAGCUAUUUGUCCAGUUGUCCUGGACAGACAGAGAUCGCUAUCGAGAGACAGCAAAAGAGGCAGUAAACAUGGUCAAGACACGUCUUCCAUUGGUUCAGGUGCCUUUUUGAGUUCGAGUAACUCCUCGAAUCAGCAGCCAGCCAUGUCAUUCCAGAUAACGCCAGCGCCAGGAACAACUCCACUGCUGGUCUUCAUUAAUCCAAAAUCAGGUGGAAGACAGGGCGAGAGGAUGCUCAGAAAAUUUCAAUACAUUCUGAAUCCCCGACAAGUCUACAAUUUAGCCAUCGGUGGGCCGAUGCAAGCACUCCAGAUGUUCAAGGACGUACCAAACUUCAAGGUAAUCUGUUGUGGAGGCGAUGGAACUGUUGGAUGGGUCCUGGAGACAAUGGACCGAGUGCAAUUCGAGUAUCAACCAGCAAUCGGUGUGAUACCCCUGGGCACAGGUAACGACCUGGCCCGUUGUUUGAGGUGGGGUGGUGGUUACGAGGGUGAGGCAAUCCACAAAAUUCUGAAAAAAAUUGAAAAAUCUACUCCAGUAAUGAUGGACCGAUGGCAGAUCGACGUGACAGACCAAAAAGAGGAAAAAAAGCCAAAUCACGAUUCAAUUCCCUACAAUAUCAUAAACAACUACUUCUCGGUUGGUGUAGAUGCUGCGAUAUGCGUUAAAUUUCAUCUCGAGCGUGAGAAAAAUCCUGAAAAAUUCAACAGUCGCAUGAAGAACAAAUUGUGGUACUUCGAGUACGCAACUACCGAGCAAUUUGCCGCAAGCUGUAAAAAUCUACAUGAGGAUCUUGAGAUUAUUUGCGAUGGAACACCGUUGGAACUGGCGCAUGGCCCGUCUCUCCAGGGUGUCGCACUCUUGAACAUUCCAUUCACCCAUGGUGGAUCGAAUUUAUGGGGUGAACAUCAUGCACGACAUCGACUUGGAAAACGAAAGAAACGACCGGACAAGGAGUUGAGCACUAGUAGCUUCAAUUCAGUGGAUCUCACUGUUGCUAUUCAGGAUAUUGGAGAUAAUCUCAUUGAGGUGAUUGGAUUGGAGAAUUGUCUGCACAUGGGGCAAGUUAAAACGGGGCUGAGGGCAUCGGGAAGACGAUUGGCUCAGUGUAGCAGCGUAACCAUUACAACUAACAAAAGAUUUCCAAUGCAAAUUGAUGGGGAGCCCUGGAUGCAAGGACCAUGCACGAUACGUAUCACCCAUAAAAAUCAAGUGCCAAUGCUAAUGGCCCCGCCUCCGGACAAAAGUCGAGGAUUCUUCCGAUUUUUACGAAGAUGAAAGACCAAAACACUCGAGAAAAAGAUGAAAUCGCCAGACCGCUGAAGAUCAAUGGCACACGGAAGUGAAAAUAGUCUCGCAUUACGGCUCUCCUUUACUAAAAUUCCAAGAUUUUUCAUAGAUCGGUCAAUCAAUUGAUUAACAAAAAAAAAGAACAAAAAUCCUGGAUUGCCAGAAGAGAUUAUCGUCGUUUGAAUACAGUAUUUUAUUUUCAGUCCAGACCAAAAAUAAUAUAUACAACUAGUCAUUUUACAGCUUUACCCUUGCAAUUGUACUUAUCGAUUAUUUAUUACUGUUUGCUAUCGAAGAAGUAUUUAGUUUUGUACAUAAUUUACAGUGUAUUACGUAUUUUUAUUAAUUAUUCACACUCGAAAGUAUUCGUCUUGUUAUUUCUUCAUGGACUAUUUAAUCAAUAUUUUACGCUGAUAUGGAGUGAAUUUAUAUUACUACAAGCAUAUCCGUUAGCGUGUACGAGACAGCACGAUUGAUGUCAUUAUUUUAUAGAUUAUUAUCCAUUUUUCAAACUCUUUGUCUUCCGUAAACAUCAUUUUUCGUGCCAAUACGAAAGCUUAACAACCGUUUUUGGUUGAGCAAUGUCUGUACUAGUUUUAUUCGAUGUAGCCUUUAUGGAUUUAAAUAACAAAAUUUUGUAUAAUAAUAAUUAUCGCAAGGGGGAGAAUCACGGAAUAUGAAGAAUAUUGAAUUUCUGUACAUCGAAUUAUUAAAAUUACGAUACGUCAUUUUACGAUAUGAGCGAUAUCGAUAAUAAAAAAUAAUAACUAACAAACAAUGAUAUCUCCUUCGGAAAUCAAUAGGUUUUAUUUUGCCACUGAAUUCAAUAUUCCUCUUUUUCUGGGGAUAUUCGAUCCUUACGCUUCGACGCAAAGAAAAAAUCAAGCUCUUCUAAACGGACAAUUCAUCUCUAGAUCAGCAAUCGAGAAAAAUCGCUUUCUCCGAUUUUACCCGGGACAUUUUUUUAUAAUCUGUAUCAUAAAUAAAACUCCAGGGAAAUUGGUAUAAAGAGAAAAUAAUUAUCAGACAA